GUAAGAUUUCAGAUCAACGUUCAACAUGAUUGUGUGCACGGGAAAUGCACAGUUUCGGGACGCAAAGUUCGCAUUCAGGAAUGCCAAGAAACAAGUAUAGAGGACCCAGAGUUCAUUCACAAGGAUACCGAACACUGGGUCAUCAACACACAUUCAUUCCACAAUGCACAUCUGCUUCGAACAGUUCUACCACGACACCUUACAGCACCUGUGCCUGUCUUUAUGGAUCACAUGGCCAAGCAUGCAGAAUUUGCACAGACACUCCGUGAAACCCAGGAAGCAAAACGAGCAGAACAGAAAGCCCAAAGAGAGAACAAUCCCGAGGGGGGGACAUCGAAAAAGCGCAAGAAAACUUGA